GGCCGCCCUCGCCGGCUCCCAAUCCAUCACGUGGCCAUCCCCACUUGUAAGACAUAGAUUGUGAAGAAUCAGGAAUCCACUCCAAUGAAGAUAGAAUUCCAAAUCUGCAUAAAUAGGAAUCCGAUGAAGAUAGAAUUCCAAAUCAGCUGCAAGGUGAAGAAGUGAAUAUCCUUAACAGAGUUAACUCUACAUGGCCACAAUUCCAAUUUUUGACGGUACCAACUACGAGUUUUGGAGUGUGAAGAUGAAAACUGUGUUUUUAUCUAUGGAUUUAUGGGAUACGGUACAGAAUGGGUAUGAUGAGACCAGCAAGGAGAAGCAACAGAAGGAUGCUGCAGCUCUUUCUCACAUCCAGCAAGGCGUCUCAGACCGGAUCUUUCGAAGAAUCAAGAAUGCUACAAAAGCCAAACAAGCUUGGGACAUUCUCUCCCAAUUGAGUGCUGAGGAACCAACUCGGCCUGAUGAUAGGAAUGUACUAACACCCAAAGAACUGAAGCAAGCAGGGGCAAACCAUUUGAUAGUGGCUACACUUAUAGCAACUGUAACCUUUACUGCUGCUUUCACGAUGCCCGGUGGAUACAAUGGCAACGAUGGCCCAAACCAAGGCAUGGCGGUUCUAAGAAGAGCAUACUUUUUCAAAUUUUUUAUGGUAGCAGAUACCAUGGCCAUGUCAUUCUCCAUUUCAGCAGUGCUCAUCCACUUCUUUGCGGCUAUUACUAACAAUCGGGAUGAAGUAGAGAAGCUAGUUUAUAUAGCUGCUUAUCUUAUUAUUUGUGCUACGAUUGCAAUGAUGUUUGCGUUCAUUGCGGGGACACGUGCUGUCUUAGCACAUUCAUCUGGCCUUAAUAUUUCAGUUGCUGUUAUCGCUGGCCUUCCCCUCUCAGCUUUCGUGUUUACCAACAUCGCUCAAAGAGUUAUUGGUCCAUGCGUAGACGCCUUAAUUAGAUCCAUCUGCACCUAGAGGGGGGUUUUAGUUCGAGAGGGCAGGGCACCCAAAUCUGUAUCAGUAGUGAUGCAAAGUCUAUGCUUAUGGUUCUAUUGGCUUCUACUUUGUUA